AUGUCUUUCCUUGAUGUAGAUCCCUGGCUGUACGAAUAUGAGUGUUGUGAAAAAUUAUAUCGUGAUAUAAUGGAACAACUUACUCAAAGACAAAAACAUCCAAGAACCAGUAAUAAGUAUUCAGAAGUAUCAGCUGUUGUGCGAUUGCGUUUAAAACAAUAUAAUGAAGAAGUCAGUCAGUUACAUCAAAAAUUGGAAAGUAAAUCUGGUACAGGAAGCAUAACACCUGCAGAAUUUGAAAGAAGAACUAGACAAAUCGAAACCUUACAUUCAAAGGGUAUUCAAAUGAAAAAAAUUUUUGACGAACAAGUAGUUACUAAAUCACAGGAAGACAGAAAAGAUUUAAUUGGGUUUGGUACAGCCAACCUAGAUGUUGGUCCAAGUACAAGUUACUCAGUAAAUGAUCUUAAAGAAGCUCAAAAACGAAUGAUAGGAGAACAAAAUGAGGGACUCGAAAAUUUGUCAAAAAUUAUUUCUAGACAAAAAGACAUAGCUACCACUAUAACCAAUGAAGUUGAUUACCAUAAUGAUCUACUGGAUGAUUUGGGAAAUCAAAUGGAUCAUACCGACACUAUACUAGGUACUGCUACAAGACAUAUCGAAGUUGUUGACAGAAAAGACAAAACUUGUGUAUAUUGGGUGAUAAUAAUUUUAUUAUUUAUAAGCAUUGUAACAGUUGCUGCGAUUUAG